AUGACUGAAAAGUGUAUAAUUGACGUCAAGAGUAAAGAAGCAUUAGAAAAAGACACCUUGUUAUUUCCAUGCUUCCAGAUUUCUAAUGAUGUACAGUUGAAAGACGUCCCAAGUACUGGCGAGGAAUAUUUAUUAGCAGUUAUAAACGAAAGACGUAACUGUCAAAUGGUCACCAAGUGUAAAAUAGACUGUUCAAAGUUUGCUCAGAAUCAAUCUGAAUUUGUAAAAGAGAUUCCUCAUCCAAAAGCACCUGACCACUUAAAGCCAACUAUUGAAUGGCAAAACAUACAAGUUGCUGAUUUUUCUGAUAUCAGAUUGUAUAUUUCACGGCUACUUGAUAAAAGGUCUGACUGGCCUCAAAUAAGGAAACUAAAAGUGAAUCCAGUUAAUGACGUAUGGAUCAAUUUUUUUGAUAAUCAUGAGCCUACCUUAUCAUGUAUUCUAGGAAUGAAUUACAAAAUAUUAGAUAUAGGCUUAGAAUAUUUGAUUGAGUCUUUGAAUGAUAUUGAACCUGGAAGCACUAUUCCAUAUAACACAGGUCAAUGGAUCUAUGCUAUAUUGGCUUGUACGAGACAACCUUUACUACCGAAUACAGUUAGUAUAUUAAGAAACUUAGCAAGAAGAUGUGCUGAAGUCAGAUCACAUAUUAAUCCAGAAGAAGAAAAUUCAAUGGAACUUGUUACUCCCUUUAAUAUUUUUAUUUGUUUAGUUUCUCGGUACUUUGGUCAAUUUGAUUUAGCUGACUGA